AUGGUCCUCACCCUGGAGGCUGCCCCGUCUGGGAGGGACACGGUGUGGUGUCAGGCUGCACAGAGAGGACAGGGGCCUGUAGGAGCUGGUGUGGGCUGGGCCUCGGAGAAGCCUCUGGCCGACGGCUCCUCCAACCCGUCUCUGCACGAAAACUUAAAGCAGGUGGUUCUGCCCAACCAGCCGGUGGAGGCGUCGCCGUGCAGCAGCCUGGGCAGCCUGAGCCAGGCCGAGAAGGACGAGUGCAGCUCCUCGUCCAGCAUCCACUCGGCCGCCAGCGACGACAGGUUCCUCCGCCGCACCUUCCUCCGCGUCCACAGCUUCCCCGAGGCCCUGACCUGCGAGAGCGCCGACCUUGACCUUUGCAUCUAUCACCUCCACUUAAAGGAUCUGCUCUAGCUGGACACGGCGCUGAGGCAGGACGAGCACUCGAUGUUUAUUCAGAUUUUUAAAAUGUGCCUCCUUGACCUCCUUCCGAGAAAGAAGCCUGAUGACGAAUUCUACCAGAAGAUUCUUUCAAAACAGGAAAAUGAUUUGGAGGAAUUAGAAAAGGGACUUCGGGUCAGACUGUCAGACACGGAGACGCUGGGCGCCGGUGACUCCCAGUACGUCACGCUGGCGGACGUGGAGAAGAAGGAGAGGGAGUACUCCGAGCAGCUGAUCGAUAACAUGGACGCCUUCUGGAGGCAGAUGGAGAGCAUCCCGCACUGCCUGGUGGACCAGUUCAAGUGUCCCAGCGCCAGAGCGCGCCAGCUGGGGGCGGCCCUGACGACCAGAAUGAUCGCCGCGGAGGGGCUGCUGCGGGACUCCCAGGACCUGCAGGCGCUG